GUUAGGUGGCCCAUACCUCUCAGUUCAGCGUCUGGUUUCCUUCUCUCCAACGUCAGUCGUCGUCGAUGGUUAAGCGUGUCUGCUCUCAGUCUACAGAUACACGGAAUCAAAAGCAAAUACCGACACCAAUGGCGACACAGGACAGUGUAUCAUCUUCUGCUGUUCCUAACCCAUCUACCUCUCGAGACGCGAACCUCGUGCGUCAGAUCCCUCUCAAUACCCGUGACAAUAGUCAAUAUUUGGAAGCUUGGGAGCACGCUCCUAUAUCGCCACAACCGAUGGAUGUUGACAGUCCUUCUAUAACAAAGCCAUCUCGCUCGCCGCCGCCGCCGCAAUCAUCCAGUCUCCGCAAAGUCCUCAACCCUCCUUUUUUGUUAGAGCACUUUCACAUGGAUUUACUCUUGUUGAGGUUUUUCCCGGAAUAUUCUAGGACUGGCCCCCCACCAGAAUUCCAACGUAUAGCCUAUAUUCUCGUCCUUACUUGCCUAGAACUAGACAGAGAGAGAUUCAAAAAGGCCGAUGACUUUGAUGACCUUUUGCAAUCAUUUCCCGUGCUGGACUCGAUCAGCAAGGAUUGUUGGCGAGAGGGCUCUUUUCGAGCCCUUCGAGAACUAGAAAUAUUCUGGCCUGAUCCUGACAAACUUUUCAAGCGCGAAGUAUCUUGUGAGUAGCAUGCCGUACUUGUAUAAGCCCUUCCAGACUUUUCUUGGCGAACUUUUACAGUGCGAGCUUUUGAGCAAG